CCCCCUACUGUGCGUGUUGCAACUUUGACGUCAGAAUGUUUGCAGCAGUGGCGUAAACAAGCAGCGCCUGGUUUACGGCAGCGGACAGGUCGUGAGUGAACUGUGGGCCUGAGGAAGGUUAAAGUGACUCUGAACCGAACGAAUCAUGCCGUUCGUUGACCUCCAGUCAAAGCUUGGGAUUAAUCUGGACCAGUGGCUCUUAGCUCAGAGUGGGGAACAGCCACAGAAGCGGGCCGCUCGCUGCCAUGCCUUUCAGAAGGAAUGGAUAGAGUGCGCCCACGGCAUCGGCCAGAACCGGGCCAAAAAGGAGUGCAAUCUGGAGUUGGAAGAUUUCUAUGAGUGCUUGCACCGCCGAAAGACUCAACAACGCUUAUAUGAGAUCCGUAAGCAGAAGGAGAAGAUGAUUAAAGAGGGAACGUACACUCCCCCUCCGCACCACUCAGGCAAUGAAGAGGUCCGGCCGUGAAUUCAGCAACCCCAGACCGAACAUACAAUCUCUUUCAUCCUGUUGUACAGUUACUUCCCUGCUUAUGUAUUAUAAUAUUAUUGCUGUAUCAACAUUGUUUAAUGUUCAAAAAAAUAAAUAUAAUGAUUCCA